AUGACCUGUCGCCAAUGCUGCGGGCCGGGAUGCCGGUACCACGGGCGACAUGGGCAGCGGAGCUGCAUGGGCUGCCAGGAAGCUGCAAUGGUUGCCAUUGCUAACGGAAGACCGCUAGCCUGUGCCCAAUGCGGACGGCGAGACCCAUCGGGGAGGGUGGAUGAGCGGCAAACGAAACAGUUCUUUUGCUCCGGCUGCUGGGCCGCCUACGAAUCCGACCGCUUGAAAGAGUUUUUCGACACGAAGCCAGAGUUGGAGGUAAAGUGCGAGAAACUGGCGCAGAUGAUCUCCAAAGCUCGCCAUGUGAUUGCGUUCACAGGUGCUGGUGUGUCCACUGGCGCUGGGAUCGCAGAUUUCCGAAGCGGUAUGAACACCAGCUUGCCAACUGGACCAGGAUUGUGGGAGAGACCGAAAGGUGAAACACCAUCGAACAUCCUGGAGCAGUGCGUCCAGGCCAGACCUGGUCCGACUCACGGCUUCCUUUUCAGACUCUGGAAGGUCGGAGUGCUCAAGCACAUCAUCUCGCAGAAUGUUGAUGGAUUGCACCGCAAAUCCGGAAUUACUGCAGAUUCAUUGAGCGAGCUGCACGGGAACAUCUUCGUGGAGAGGUGUGUCAAGUGCGGCCGCGAGUACGAGCGUGAUUUCAACACCAUCUGCAGCGGUGGCUUCACCGGCCGCGAUUGUGAUGCACCCGGAUGUGGCGGACGGCUGCGCCACAGUGGUGUUGGGUUCGGCGACGACCUACCCCAGAAGGUGCUGCAAAAGGCCUGGGAGGAGGCCGAAGCCGCUGAUCUCUGCCUGGCGCUGGGCAGCUCAAUAACUGUGGCUCCUGCAUCAGAUAUGCCAGCCUGGGUCGCACAACGCAAUUCGCGCAGGCGGGAUGCUGGUCUAGUGAUCGUGAACCUCCAGGCAACUCCUUGUGACAGCAUCGCAGCUCUUCGCAUCAACGGCAUGGUCGAUGAUGUCAUGGGACUGCUGGAAGCGAAGCUGGUGCAGAGGGCGAUAUUACCAUGCCGACAAAGCUCCGGCGAACUUGCUGGUGCAUAG